AUGGCACAUCUGUCAUCACAUGUCGAGGCUGCAGCGGUAGGCGAAAGUGUCAUGACUGACGGCAGUCAGCACAUCAGCAGCCAGGGUGCGAGAGCGAUCAGCGGAUACUAUGACGGCCUCCAGCCGCCAAUGCCCCCGUACUCCAGAGCAAGUUCUACAGGCAGUCCGAUGGCAUUUCCAAAAUUCAAGAGUCCACCAUCUUCAACCGGACGUGGAGCAGAACAUUGGCUCGACCCAGCAUAUCAUUCAGCACAUCACAUAAGAUCAAGGCCAAGCUUCCAACGCGAGACUAGCGAGCACUUCCAGCCCGGAUGGUACUACAAGCCAAGCCAAUCCCAGUCAUCAGGCAGAAAGAGGAAUGAGUACUCCUUCUCUACUGCCGCGGGAAAAGUUGGCGGGAGAUCAGCCGCACCCGAUUCACUCAUUCGAGACUCUUAUCGAACCGACACAUUGACGCCACUUGCCAGACCCAUUGGGAAGUACCGCAAAACAGGCAUCGCAGCUAUGGCUAGUGCGAAAGGUGUCAGCAAGUACUAUGGGGACUUCGGAGGUCGAAGGUCGGAUCGUCCAACUCGGUCGGGUACACGGCGACCCAGGAACAGAUCAGGGGUGCGGUUCCGAAGCAGUCCCCCACCACAAGCUCGAGAAAUGGCAUUUGAGGUUCAAAAGCGUCCUCGUCCAAGAGAUCUUGAAGACGACGUGUCGGAUGAGCAGAGCCAGACUCUCGAACUUGAUGAAGACACAAGAGCUGCCAUACGAAUGAGUCUUCUAGCAUCAGAGACUCCUGAGAGUCGUGGUACGCGCAGAGGGCUCCGCGAACUCAGCCCCAACGUCGUCACCGCCAGAGGUCCAGAUCACCGACUCAGGAAGAAGCGCAGACCCAGCUACUGGGAUGGUGACCUGAAAGAGAUCCAAGAAUCUCCAGCCAGGCGUGACGAGAAUGGGAAGCUUUUUAGAGGGAGUGUCAGAGAGGGCGCACAACGGAAGGUUUUGACCAGUCCACCGAAGGAUGGCAUCGAGAGCGUCCGAAGUGAGAGGGUCGAGAUCGAGGUAGAGGCUGAUGAUACCUUUGACAGAAUGUUCAGAAGGGGCGAGGAAGACGCUGAUGCUGACGGCACAAUGAUGCAAAUUGAGAAGGACGUUAUGGACUAA